AUGUCAUCCAAAGACGAAGAACGAAAACGUAAAGAAGAAGAAAAAGAACGACAAAAACGCGAAAAGGAAGAAGAACGUAAACGAAAGGAUGAAGAAAAAAGAAAACGAGAAGAAGAAAAAGAAGAAGAAAAACGUCUCAAACGAGAAGAAAAGAAAAAAUUAGAAGAACAAAAGAAACUCGAAAAGGAACAAAAGAAGAAACGGAAGGAUCUUCAUUCGAGUUCGGCCACGUCUUUGGAUCCAUCAUCGUCAUCGAAUAAGAAUGCUUCUUCUCCCUCUUCGUCACUCACUCCUGGAACGCAAAGUGACUCGACUGAAAAUCUUGGAGGACUCUCUGAAUCUGAAUUGAAUGAAAAUAUUGAGAAAAUGUUGUCAUCCAUUGGUGCCAAAGAUGAUGUGAAAAUGGCAGUUCGUUCACAUCCGCUUACCACGAAAUAUGUCAUGUGGAAAAGUUGGAAAGAAAAUGAAGCUGCUCAAUCUGGAGAAGGUGCCAUUGCAGAUAUUGAAAAGAUUUUAGAAAGAUUGAGAAGUCGAGGAGAUCGUGAAACUUUGCAAGACAUUUUGGUGAAAUUGCGUAACUCAUCAUUGGCUUGGGUGAAUAGUUUUAUUGAUUGUGGAGGAAUUAAGAUUAUUAAUGAUACAUUGGCAUCCACAAAUUUGUUAAAGAAGACCAAAAAUAUGGAUGAUAAUACUGUUCAAUGGUUGUGUUUGAAUUGUUUGAGAGCAAUUUUGAAUACUGAAAAGGGUUUAUCUUCUGUGACACAUGACAAGUCGAUUUUCUAUAACAUGGCUCUCUUGUUAGAUUCUGAUCGAAUUGAUGUUCGAAUUCAAACAUUGUUUAUUUUUGCAAGUUUGUGUUCGGAUGAAAGUGUCUCGGAAGGAUACAGAAUCAUCUUGUCCUCUUUGGAACAUUUCAAAUUCAUUCGAAGAGAGAAACAAAUGUUUGAAUUUCUUGUCAACAGUAUUCAGAACGAAGCUUUCCUUGAUGUGGAAUAUUUAACACAUAUCAUGUUCUUGUUUAAUGCCUUGUUGACAUCAGCCGACCCCACAGAUACCAUCACAUUGGCCAAUCAAUUGAAUAGUCUCAAAUCCAUUGACAUUAUUCGACAACAAACACAGGGACGUCAAAUCGAUGAUGAAGGUUUUCAAGUUCAAUAUGCCAUGUUUGUCGAAGAAAUGGAAAAUGCUCUUAAAAAGAAUAUUGUUCAAAUCGACACCAAUGAUCCAUUCCAAAUUACAGAAAGAUUGAAAAUGAAAAUUCAAGGAACACAAUCCAUGGAGAGUUUCCUUCGAGUAUUGCGACAUUUACUCAUUUUCACAGACGUCUAUUCGGAUAAAUUCACACUCGAAGAAAUUAUUGAAUUGUGGAAACAAGUCGAGCUUGCUGUGGAAAGAUUGGUUCAUGAGAGACAAUCUAUAGUCGAUGGAAACAGCAGCAGUAUUGAGGACAAACACUCUUCAACACCUGUCUCGAGUCAACCUCAUUUAUUGAGUCCAUUAUUGAAAAAGAUGAAACAUGGAAAAACAAUGAAUACAUCGUUAAAUACUUCUGCCGAUGUGGAAUCGCAAGAUGAAAGUUCCGUCAUGUCCUCCUCAGUUGCAGAGGAAGUACUUUUAAAAAAGUUACAAACUCAAGAAGAAACCAUUCAAAAAUUACAAGCCGAAUUGAAAGACAAGUUGGAAAAAGAAUCAAUCAUGUUGAACUCUGUGAAUACUCUUCAAAUUGGUUCACAACAACACGAACAACACGAACAACACACCAACGAUGUAGUUUCCAUUCAAUUAGAAAAGGAAAAAUCUGAAAAGGAAAUUGAACGUCUUGUUGCCAAAAUCAAGACCAUCGAAUCUGAAAAUCAAACCUAUCAACGCAUGAUUUCAGUCUUGGAAGAAUCCAAAAAAAAGCUUAAAGAAAAACUCAAAAAACUCGAACAACAAACAAAUAGUCCUGUCACAAACUUUUCCACCGAUGAAUUCUUAAAAUUGAAAGAAAAGGCACAACAAUUAGAACAAUCCAUUUCACAAUUGACCAAAGAAAAUGAAACUCUCAAGAAACAACUUUCACAACAACCCACAACAUCCACCACCACGGGUCAUCAAGUUUCCAACAUUCCACCUCCUCCAGGAAUGGGCAAUACUGGAUUCGUUCCUCCUCCACCUCCUCUUGGCACUAGUGAGAAUGACAUUCCUCCUCCUCCUGGAAUGACUGGAUUUGUCCCUCCUCCUCCACCUGGAUCAGGUAUUCCUCCUCCACCUCCUGGAUCAGGUGGUGUCCCUCCACCUCCACCUCCUGGUAGUAGUUCGAGUAGUGAGAAUAAUAUUCCUCCUCCACCUCCUGGAUCAGGUGUUCCUCCACCUCCACCUGGCAUGGGAUCAGGUGUUCCUCCACCUCCACCUGGCAUGGGAACUCCUCCACCACCACCUGGAAUGACUGGUAUGCCACCUCCUCCAGGUGCUUUCAUGAAUGCUGUCUCGACGUCGACACAACUUCCAAAACUUCCAGAAUUUAAAGCAAAAUCAAAACUUCGUGCCUUCCAUUUUGAAGCUGUUCCCAAUAAGAAUGUCUCAGAAACAUUGUUUUGUAAAUUACAACUCAUUGAUCAAACACAUACUAUUUUGAGAGAUUUAGAUACGAGUGAAUUUGAAGAUGCUUUUGGAAUCAAAACGAGUGGUAGUAGUAAUGGUAGUUCUACAGGAGCAAUGACUGAAACUAAAAAGGAAAAGAUUACACUCAUUGAUCCCAAGAGAUCUCACAAUAUUAGUUUACAAUUAGGUUCUCUUCGUGGAAUUCCAUAUCCUAAAUUGAAACAAGCCAUUAUUGAAAUGGAUGAAAAAGUAGUGACACCAAGUAAUAUUGGAACGAUCAAACAAAUUGUUCCAACCGAAGAAGAAUCACAAACAUGUGUCGAUUAUGAAGGAGAACGAGAUGAAUUACAAGUGACUGAUUUAUUCUUUAUUGAAAUGCAUGGCGUUCCAAGAAUGGUUGAACGAUGUGAAUCAUGGGAAUUUAAGAUGAAAUAUGAUGAAAUUAUUGGUGGUGUGGAACCAACCAUUAAAACCGUUCGAAAAGCAUGUAAAGAAUUACAAGAUUGUGACAAGUUCCACAAAGUUCUUGCCAUCAUUCUCACUCUAGGAAAUUAUUUGAAUUCGAGCAACAAGAAAGUUUCAUAUGCUUUCAAGAUGAAAUCACUUGCUAAAUUGAGUGAUACCAAAGCUGCUAAUGGAAAAUCUUCGUUAUUGACCUAUCUUGUGAAAUUUAUUCAAGAAAAAUAUCCAGAAUUGGAAACAUUUAGUGAAGGACUUUGCAAUGUGAAUGCUGCAACACGUGUCGUGAUUGGAUCCAUUCAAGAUGAUAUCAAACAAACGAAUCAAUCCAUUGAAAAAUUGAAAACUCAAGUGGAAAAAAGUUUGGCUGACACAGUGCCAGGUGAUCGAUUUUCACACGUGAUGGGACAAUUUUUAAAUUAUGCCGCUGAAAAAAUCAGAAAGAUUGAAACUGAAUACAAUGAAAUGAUGAAUGAUUUGAAGAGUACUGGAGUGUUAUUCAAUGAGGCAGAGAGUGACAUGCAGAAAGAACCUGACAAGUUUUUCCAACAAAUUGAUCAAUUUGUCAAGUCCUUCAAUGACACCAAAGAAAAGCUCAGAAAAGAAAGAGAAGCAGAAGAAAAGAAGAAGAAACUUGCUGCUUCCAAGCAACAAUCAGCAACGAUCAAUACCAAUGUCAACAAACCACCAGGUUUGGGACGAUCACCUUCUUCGAAAACUCCUGUUUCACCAGGUGGUGGCGCCUCUUCACCAAGUGAUGACGGUGGUGGUCGUGGUGGAUUCGAUAAGAAGGGAGCUCUAUUCUUGAAAAAUGCAGAACUCUUGAGAAAACGAAGGAAUACCAAACUUUCGAUGGGAGGUGAAUUUGAUCCAUUGGCAAAUAGUCCUCAAUCUUCUUCCUCACCCAAUGACAACAAGUAA